AUGUGCCAACAAAUCACCCACAACCAAUCCCUUCCUGCGAUCGUAAAAGAAAAAUCAAAACAUAAACCUCGUUUCCCAGAGAUCGCCGGCAGGACAACCGCAGAAUGCGUUGCGAUCUGCUGCUGCUGCCCUUGCAGUAUUUUCAGCAUCCUCAUCCUACUCGCCCUCAGACUUCCGAAGGGUCUCUGUCGCUGGGCGCUUCGCAAGCGGAUGCGUCUCCAGCGAGCAGAGAAGCGGGCGGCGCGUAUUGGAUCCGGUAUCCGUGGAUCCUCGCAUAUUUGGUGGUCAACAACGGCAGUUGAAGGGGAUUUGGAUGAGUUCGCUGGACUGAGUCUGGUGAUGUUGGUUGGAAAUCGGUGGCCGGAGCGUUCGCCGGCGGCGGAUGCUAGGGCUUUGGAGAUGGAGGUGUGGUCCGAGUUUACCUGUCGCGGGUUUUGGCGAAGCCAGUCGGGAAGAGAAGAAGAUUCGUAA